UCCCAUCUGGCAACACUGCGCUGGCAGAGACGCGACUGAGACGUACCGUUGGCAGAGAACCAGAGAGCAGAGACGCGACUGCGAAAUAAAGUUAAAACGUCGACGUUCCUUCCUCGCAGAAGAAACCAAUCAAAAUAAAAACAAACACAGCGUGCGUUCGCGCCAAAUACCUAACAACAAUUAGCAAGCGAAAGAAGCAAAUGCACACCCUCACGGCGGCCAUUGAGAUGGACAAGCUGGAUGCCAAUCUUGAGCAGCAGUUUGAUCUCAAUCUCAUAGAGGCUGUCAAGCUGAACCCAGUGAUAUACGACAGGUCGCACUACAAUUACAAGCACUUUGUGCGCAAGGCCCAGACCUGGAAACAAAUUGCCGAAACUCUCGGUGUGCCUGAACAAAAAUGUACCAAACGCUGGAAGAGCCUGCGCGACAAGUUCGCUCGCGAGAUGAAACUGUGCCAGGAAUCGCGCUGGCGCUACUUCAAGCAGAUGCAAUUCCUGGUUGACUCCAUCCGGCAGUACCGAGAGUCGCUGCUCGGCAAGUGCGCCAAUGGCAGUCAAAACGCCAGCCAGGUGGCCGAUCCGCAGCAGCAGCAGGCCCAGCAACAGACCGUCGUGGACAUAUUCGCACAGCCCUUCAACGGGAGCGCCACAACCUCGGCCCAGGCCCUGACCCAUCCGCACGAAAUCACCGUCACCAGCGACGCACAGCUGGCGACUGCCGUGGGCAAGGAACAGAAGCCAUAUUUCUACGAGCCGCCGCUCAAGCGGGAGCGCAGCGAGGAGGAGCACAGCGACAACAUGCUCAACACCAUCAAGAUUUUCCAGAACAACGUCUCCCAGGCGGUCAGCGCCGAGGACCAGUCGUUCGGCAUGGUCGUCACGGACAUGCUCAACACGCUGGGCGUGCGGCAAAAGGCCGAGGCCAAGGUGCACAUCAUCAAGUAUCUGACGGACAUGCAGCUGUUGGCGCAGCACAACAAGUACUAACUGUCGGGCGGCUGUCACCGGCAGCUGCUGCAGCUGCUCCAACUGGAGAGCGUUCUGCCCUGAGAUCAAACGAAAGCGGACCUACGGCCU